CUAUUAGUCAAUAUCUAAGAGGGCGGGACAAGAGGCCACAGAUGUGCUAUCCCGAUUGGUCCCAGCCUCUAGGGGGGAGGCGGGACGAAAUGUCGGUUUGAGCUGACCCAAGACUAGAGGCCCCGGAGGUUCGCGUUCGACUCGCGAGCGUGGAAGUGAGGUACAGGACUCAGCCGUCUGCCGCUUGAGGGCGCAGCCAUGGAGGAAGGCAGAGACCCAGGAGGCCUGGUGAAGGUGGUCCAUCUGCUGGUCCUGUCUGGUGCCUGGGGCAUGCAAAUGUGGGUGACCUUCGCCUCAGGCUUCCUGCUUUUCCGAAACCUUCCCCGGCACACCUUCGGCCUAGUGCAAAGCAAACUCUUCCCUUUCUACUUCCACAUCUCUAUGGCCUGUGCCUUUAGCAACCUCUGCAUCGCAGUUUCCCAGUGUGCCUGGGUUCAGCUUACAUUCUGGGAGGCCAGCCAGUGCUGCCUCCUGCUUCUGAGCCUCGUGCUGACUGCCAUCAACGCCCGCUGGCUAGAGCCUCGCACCACGGCUGCUAUGUGGGCUCUGCAGAGUGUGGAGAAGGAACGGGGUCUGGGUGGGGAGGUGCCAGGCAGCCUCCAGGGCCCCGACCCCUACCGCCAGCUGCGGGACAAGGACCCGAAGUACAGUGCUCUCCGCCAGAACUUCUUCCACUACCAUGGCCUCUCCUCAAUCUGCAACCUGGGCUGUGUCCUGAGCAAUGGUCUCUGCCUCGCCGGCCUGGCCCUGGGCCUCCGAAGCCUCUAGCAAGGGCCCUGCACAUCAAUAAAGGCUUCCUUGGAAAUGGC